AACGGCAAAUAUUAGUAAAUAACGCCUUUUUGAAUUUUAUAAUGGGAAAGAAAACUAUCUCCUCUGACUUUUCCCACCGCUACAAACGUCCAGCAGCAAGCCCCACUCCCAACUCUUCCUCUCCUUCAAUAAAUUUGCAUUUUCUCUCCCACUCUCUUCCACUCACAUCUCUCUCUCUCUCUCUAGGUGCCAUGGCUCAAACAACACCAAACCACACGCAGACUGUUUCUGGCUGGGCAGCUCAUGACACAUCUGGCAAAAUCACUCCAUACACCUUCAGCCGCAGAGAAAAUGGGGCGGACGAUGUAACCAUCAAAAUCCUGUACUGCGGUAUAUGUCACACAGAUCUCCACCAUGCGAAGAAUGAUUGGGGCAUUACAAUGUACCCUGUUGUUCCCGGGCAUGAAAUAAUUGGUAUAAUCACCAAGGUAGGAUGCAACGUGACAAAUUUCAAAGAGGGAGAUCGUGCCGGAGUAGGAUGCCUAGCGGCCACGUGCUUGAAAUGCGAAUAUUGCCAAGAAGGCCAUGAAAACUACUGCGAUGAGGUCCAGUUUGUCUACAAUGGCAUUUUCUGGGACGGUAGCAUCACUUAUGGUGGUUACUCUGAAUUUCUCGUCGCCGAUUCUAGGUACGUUGUUCGUGUGCCUGAGAACUUGGCAAUGGAUGCAGCAGCUCCCCUUCUCUGCGCGGGGAUCACGGUUUAUUCUCCCAUGAAAGACAACAACUUGUUGGAGACGAAGGGGAAACGUAUAGGGGUAGUUGGCCUGGGAGGCCUCGGCCACAUUGCCGUGAAAUUCGCUAAGGCGUUCCAUCACCAUGUAACUAUUAUUAGCACCUCCCCCUCUAAAGAGAAGGAAGCUAGGGAAAGGCUUGGGGCAGAUGAUUUCAUCUUGAGCACCAAUGCAGAGCAAAUGCAGUCGAAGAAAAGGACUCUAGACUUUAUUUUGGACACGGUCUCGGCGCAUCACUCUCUUGGACCUAUUCUAGAGUUGUUGAAAGUGAAUGGAACUUUAGUGAUUGUGGGUGCUCCAGAUAAGCCAGUGGACCUACCAUCUUUUCCAUUGAUUUUUGGAAAGAGAGUUGUUAAGGGGAGCAUGAUAGGGAGCAUCAAGGAGACGCAAGAUAUGAUGGAGGUGUGCGGGAAACACAACAUAACAUGCGAUGUUGAGGUUGUUAGCAGCGAUAUGAUCAACGAAGCUCUUGAUCGUCUGGCCAAGAACGAUGUUAAGUAUCGAUUUGUGAUUGAUAUUGCCGGUGGAUCUUCUCCAUCAAAGCUCUAGAAUUCUUCAAAUUAUGUGACUUUCCUUCGCAUUUAUCAUUUAUCGUUGUUUUAUGUUGUUGGAUUUGUUGUGCUUAUCUUAUGCUUGGGAAAGACUAUCGCGAUUUAAGUAGUUCAUGCUCGCUUGAA